AGUUGCUUGUACGGGAGUAGACGUAAGCUAGUAUAAGAAACUAGAUAUACUGGUGUCGUUGAGAAUAAGGAUGGAAGUAAAUGCACAGUCAUCAAUGUGUCAGUCAGUCGGUUGGUGGACAAGUACGAGUAAGUGUGUGGCUAAGUAGGUAAAAUAACGUAAAUGUAGACUAAGUGAACCGGUCAGCUGUCAGGAGUUCAGGUUGGUGGUCAGUCAGUAAUCGUAAGUUCGGAUGUACCGCAGUGAUGUAAUGUUAGUGAAAUAAUAGUUAAAAUGUACCAGGUAAAUAAGGUUGUGGUGUGUUGAUCGGUCAGUCAGUAUAAGUAAAAGUAAUCCGUGUACAUGUAUGUAACUAAAAUGAAGUGACAGUAAUCAAGUAAGUAGUGGUAAGCUGUGACAGUAUAAAAGUGUAAGCAGUAGUUUUUAAGUAUGUAAUUAAGUAAAUAAGUUGGUUCAGGUCAUUGGUUGGUCUGUUGGUCGACCAGUCAUUUGUCGGUCGGGGAAAAAAAAGGAAAGUGGCUAAGAUUCAGCGCUGGAUGUUAUUAAUUUACUUGACUGUUCGGUUGAUUAUUCCAAAAUAAUAAAUCUGUUAUCUUUUUCUUCAUCAGAAAUAAAAAUUGCUCUUGUGAAUAAGCUGCAAAGCAAAAAUAAAUAAUAGGAAUAUGAAAACACUUGAAUGUUAAAAGUUGAGUCGGUAAAAUCAAAUGAAGCUAAAAAUUAAACUCACCGAUAUAAAAAGCAGUAAUGUUUCAAACAGAAAAUUUGGACUGUGGGAUAGUGCGAGUACAAAUUGGAAAGCAAGUGAUGAGAAUGUUGAAGCCUGCAAGCGUUGCAGUCAACUUGCAAAGCUAAAAAUAUGGCACCCGAGCAAGCGAAGCAGCUUAGUGAGCGCAUGACAGACAGACGCCAGGGAUAGGUUCUGAAAAGAGAGAGGGUAGGGCUGUUAAAAAGAUCAUUUUGUAGGAUGCACACAUACUGUCAAAUAUUUCUACUAAAGAGACAGCAGUACUUUGAGGAUGGAGUGAGGUGAUGAGAAGAAAGACUUUGAAGUGAAUUGGCAUAUUAAAUGAAGCCCAUCCAGUCUGGGUGGAGAAGUUUCACUUUUGCAGAGUUUGGGACAAGUUCUGUGGUGGGACUUGACGAGGCUGGAAUCCACACGGUUGACGAUGAAGGGGAAGGCAUCCUUGCCAGCCUUACAGGAUCCGGAAGCGGGGAGGAGGAACGACAGAUGACCGAUGACCCUGCUUGCUGAGCGAGCCGUUUCUACUUUUCGAGCAAAGUGCAUCGCCCAGCCCAGGAGUUACUGCACGGAUGAACCCCAGAUGCCAGGUCUCUAAUCAAGACCGUGGUUGAUUCUUCUUGCUGAAAGGAAGUGACAGCAACCGAACCCACACCCCUUAAAUGAAGCAAGAAAUUUCAGGAAGAAUGAAAAAUAAAAAGAUUUCGGAGCGUUGUGUUGUAUUCCUAGGGCACGGAAGUCUCUUUCCCACCUGGGCCUCGUUAGGCCCGUUUAGCCCCGCCCUUGCUGUGGACUACUGUGGUCCUGUGAAGAGGUUGUAAACUUGUUUCAGGACCAGGCAGAGGUAUUGUCGGCCUUCCUCUUCUUAAUCUUCAGAGUGUUCCUUUUCAGUAAAUGAAUAUUUUCAACAAAUGAGUUUCUAAUCUAACCAGUAAUGUCUUGUAAUGUACAAGACAUCCCAGGUUGCAGUGUCAAGCAUGACUUCUGAAAUACGUAAGUCCAGUCGGUAACGACAGGCAAAAGCAACAUAUUUUGAAAUGUUUAUCUUUCAAAAGUCCUCUUGAAGCUGUUGUUCCCAUGAUAGUUUUUGGUUAAAGGACUGUGAAACCAAUCAGUAGAGAUUGGAAAAGGGAAAGGAAUGUGUGCGAUAUAAAUGUUCAUCUAUUCGUUGUAAGUCCAAUCGCAGAGAUUGGCAAAAAGUGAAAACCCCAUCGUCUCAGGAGCAGGGGCUUGUAGCCACUGGGACUAAUCAAAAUUCAUUUCUGAAAUAUUAUCGCAGAACUAUUUAGUGAGAAGUCUACUUCCAUUCCCCGGCAUUCCGUAUAGCAUUUGUGGAUUUGCGUGAGAAAAAUACUCUCACUCUUCAGUUGCAUAUCGCGCUUUGAGAUGGAUCCAUCAAGUGCUUCAAUGAUGCGGCCUGUAACACUGAGGGACAGAGGACUGCACACAAGGAAAGGGUGAUCAUGCAGUUGCAGCUAAAUUUACUUGUAGGAGAGGUAGCUAGGCACUGUAGUCAGCUAGGCUUAGACUAUACUUCAAUCUGUUUUGUUUUUCAAUUUUUGUUUGGCACAACUGGAUUUCAAGUUGAAUCCAUCCUGGUAGGUUAGGCUUAGACUGAGAAGUAUUAAAAAAUCCCUGUCAGGUCAAGUCAGGAGACUUGCUACUGGUAACCUGUAGUCCGGUACAACCUGUUUCAGGGUCGGGUCGUCGGCGACUAAACUGGCGCCCCCACCAGAUUCCCUCGGGAGGCUGGUGAGGAGGGUGGCUGGACACCCUGGUGGAACUAAAGAAAAAAUCCAUCUCUAAGGGCGUCGGCUCAGGAGAGUCAACGACGGCCAUCCAGCAACUCCAAGCUUUAUUAUGGGCUCAGUAAACUGACCUUUUCCUUGUUUCUUUGUUUAAGGAUGCUGCUGAAGCCCAGGUACCGGAAACAGGGAUGCCACAGAGGAAGUCCGACAGACGGCUGCCGACCCCUCAUGCUGAGCAUCCCACGCAUACGUUUCUUGAGCUUGGAAGCAACUUUUGGCAGUUGGAGUUCAUCUCGGAUGCGGAGUUGACCAGUUCACUAGACAAUGAAGGAAUAUUCCUAUAAAGAGAUUGAUGGAAUGAAAAUAUCGAAAAGCCAUUCGCAGAGGAAGAGGUUCGCACAACUUGAAGUAUAAAUGACAAGAGUGAGGGACUGUCUGGACAAUCAACAAGUGUGCCAAACUUCACUUUUGAUAUGAACAAGUCUGUAUUUGCCACAGGAACAACACCUUUUGGAGUGACUGCCUCCACUGGUCUGUUUGGUCAAACAUUGACAUCAACAACACCUUUUGGCCAAACAGCCGCAGCAGGGACAUCAAGUGGCCUGUUUGGGGCUUGGACAGGAGGAUUAUUUGGUGGCACAGCUCAAAAUGGCACCACUGUCAAAUUCAAUCCUGUUACUAGCACGGAUACAAUGGUUAAAAGCGGAAUGUCAACAAACAUCAAUACAAAACAUCAGGUCAUCACGGCAAUGAAGGAAUAUGUAAACAAAAGUUUUGAGGAGUUACGUGCCGAGGACUAUAUUGCCAAUCGGAAAGGGUCAACUUGCUCAACUCUGCUCGGUCAAGGACUGACCCAAGUGGACAAUAAGGCUGGAGGAUUGUUUGGUCAGUCAACGACUUCAUCAGGUGGUGGAUUUACCUUUGGUCAGAACAAUCCAACGUUUGGCACAGGAAUGCAAUGUUUUGCAGCUGGGUUCGGUACGUCCAGUGGUGGUCUGUUUAGUGGACAGCAGACACAUCAAAGUGGAGGUUUGUUUGGUCAGAAGACAGGCUUUGGGGCAACAGGUAGCACUGGAUUUGACUAUGGGGAAAAGUCCACCUCGGCAUUUGGUCAAACUGCCAGCAAGGAAGCACAACCGUCUGCUAGGAUCUCUUUCAGUCAAUUGGCAACUCUUUCAUCAGAACCAGUGGAUGAUGAUGACAAACUUAUACGGGAACUUGAACAAAAACAAGCAAAGUUGGAGAAGGCUAUUAGGAUCCGGCAGUUGCAGGAUGAAAUCUGCUUGCUGGAAGCAAAGCUUAGUGAGAUGAACACCGAGGACUCCAAGUGAGGGCAGUCUAAUGAAUCAACAGGCAACCAGUCUACAGUGUCAAAUGAAAUGUCAAAAGGCACUGAGAAACAGAAUACAGGUAUAUUUGGAGCAUCACUUCCCCAUUUCACCGGGGUAAGAAGAGAUACAUGAUAGAGACAGUGACAUUGGGGAGGUCUGGAAAACCAUCCUUUGGAACUUGGCCUAUGGACUCUAAAUUCAAAGGAGCAGUUGCUUUUAGCCUUGUAACAAAGCUCAGAUCCACAUAUCUCGCGUGUACUUAGUAGGGCCUGGUUCAGGUCAGCUCGGACUGUCCUGGCACUGUUGCGCACAGAACCUUUCAAAAUUUGUGAUCAGUUGCACAGUGACAAGUAGGGAGUCCAUUUAUAUUUAAGAUGUUAUUUAAGACAUCAUAUUAUGGAAAGGAAAGUGUAUAGUUGAAGUGGAAGAUUUUUUGCUUUUCAGAACAUUUCAGUUAUAAGAAACAAUUGGAAAAUACUUAAAGUUGUAUUGAUUUGAUUUUUUUAGGCUAGUUUUUGUACUACUUCAUGAGCAUCACUUGGCAGAUACCAGCACAUAACAACUUCUGUAUUAUUUGUAUUCUUAUUUCAUCGUAUUGCAUAAGUGUUAUAUACACCUAGAGAAGUUUACACACCAUGGAAAGAGUGACUUUCACAGGUUGAUCCACUUUCAGUAAACAUGGAUUAACGGUACACCAUUGAAUUUUGUGUCAUGCUAGCUGAAGACUGUGGCUCAUGCUUAACCAGUUAACGUCGGAUUUUCUUUCCCCAAAAAGCUGCCAGGGACAGGGUUUUUUACCUGCAAAUUCUUCAACCUUACAAUUGCACUUAAAUCCAACAAUGUACAACGUGUUAAUAUGUCAACUGCGGAAAUGAAGAACAGAAUUCUUAAAUAAGUGUACAUGUCCUCAGAUGAACAAAUAAGGAAAAUUAUGUGCUCAUACGUCAUCCGGCGUCCAGUGGUCAAAGUUCUUCAAUUCUUGUAUCUACAAUUCAUUGACUCAAUAUUUUGUUUAUGAAAUCCCCAAACCCAGCAUUUGGAAUGCUACCUUUACACUUGAAUUUAUAUAGAGCAUUACUAAAAUAUUUUGCCUAAAUAUACUGACUGAAAUACAUUGCUAAAACCAAGAGUUUCUCAUUUUAGAGUACUUGUAAAAUGUAAUCCAUUAUGUAUAUAUUUCUUUAUGCUCUGGCUUAUAUACACAAAAUUUUGUUCAGAAAUUGUUACAUUUGUAAAUUUGACAUUGUUUAAAUGUAAAACUAAACAUGAAUAAAAGAAAUCUGUCAUUUUAGUACAACUGCUUAUAUGUUUAUGUGUUUAUUUCAAAAUUUCUUUGUUUUCUAUGCACAGUUCACAGAUGAUAACCAAAAUAUGAGCUGCUUUUAUUUUCUUUCUAUCCUAUAACUGAGCACAUAUUAAAUUAAUAAGUUGCAUUUUUAUCCUUUAUUGAAGAUAUAAGGUUCUGCUGAAACAAAACACAUAUUUGAGGGGAUUAACCACUUCCUGCUGGGGAUUUCAGCUCUGAACACCUAUGCUUUAUAUGUGUGGACGGGGUCUCUGAACUCGGACAAAGGAAACGGGCCUUGUAACAAAAGACUACUUGGAACAAAAAGACCAGGCUACUGGGCAUUGCAAACAUUUUUUCACUCUCAAAAAUCGAGAUAAUCCAGCAUUGUUUUGAAACAGUAUACCACUGUUUGGAGCAUUUAGAUCGAGCGGAUUAUCACUGGGGACAAAAGCGCUCCAUCACUGCAGCAAUGAGCCACACAGCACCGCUGCACGCUAAUCCCCUAUUGAAAA